UUAUCAUCCUUUGCCUGUCAGUGGUCAGCAUAAAAGCAUCCUAUCAGAGAAGAAUGCCAUAUCUUCCUAGUUAUUGAUUGUCAGAGUUUCAUAAAUUGGGGGAUUAGAGUGUGUACUGUACUGAAAGGCUCAGUCAGUCAAAGGUGUGUGGGACAGAAGACUGUGUGGUCAAAUCACAGGGAUACUGUCACAUGCGCAUUCUGCCUUUUCAGUCGACCUUACUGAAAGGGAGUCAUGCGUCUACUAGGAUCUGCUGUCCUUUUCUCUGUCUUGCUGCAGACUUUAUCUGCCGCGACAGAGGACGGGCAGACAGCCACAUCUAUUUAUGACUUCUCUGCCAAGGAUAUUGAUGGCAACGAGGUGUCCCUCGAGAAAUACAGGGGAGAUGUUGUCAUCAUCGUCAACGUUGCCUCUAAAUGAGGGAAAACCCCAGUAAACUAUUCUCAGUUUGCGGAGAUGCACGCGAAGUACGCUGAGAAAGGUUUACGUAUCCUGGCCUUCCCUUCCAACCAGUUCGGGAGUCAGGAACCUGGCACUGAAGCUCAGAUCAAGGACUUUGCUAAGUCGUACAAUGCUGAGUUCCCAAUGUUCAGUAAGAUUGAUGUGAACGGGGAUAACGCCCACCCCCUGUGGAAGUGGCUGAAGGAGCAGCCCAAUGGGAAAGGCUUACUGGGAAAUGGCAUCAAGUGGAAUUUCACAAAGUUCCUGAUCAACAGAGAGGGCCAGGUUAUGAAGAGAUAUGGACCAAUGGAUGAUCCCAGUGUGGUGGAGAAGGAUCUUCCUAAGUACCUGUAAUUCUUCCAUGACUGACUGACUAAUGCACUCCACCCCCCCGGUCAGCCAAUGGGUGUGAGGGGGUCUAUUUCCCAGACCAGUGACGGUCUGUCCGCAAACCCGCCUGACGGACAGGACAGACCUGAUGAAAAUGGCGUGCAACCCCCUGGGAGGACCCCCCUAUACCCAGACAGUACAUCGGAGAGGAACCCUGACCUCUACAACUGUUCCCUUUGAAUUCUUAAAACUGAAUGUGCAUAAUUAAAAAUAUGAUCUUAAUGUCAUAUUCUAUAAUAAACUGAACUAUUUUGUGCUAA